AUGUCUACACCUGCGCCACGCCAAGAAGCCUCAAGCAACAAAGACAACCGGCCAACAAGGGGCAGAGUAGCCAUCCUUGUCCACCGCGCCAUUCCCUACACCGAGAUCGCCUCAAAAAACACACCUAACACAGAAGCCAUUGGUAUCACCAUCCACAAUACCAAAUACGGUAGCAUUGACAUCUUCUCCAUCUACUGCCCCAAAGGGAACUGCACAAAAGAAGAACUGAAACAGCUCAGCUCCUCCAAAAACAACAUUAUUAUCGGGGGUGAUCUCAAUGGGCACCACGAAUUAUGGGGCUCAAACCAAAGACCCAACAAAAGCGGAAAAUCCCUGUACAGUACGCUCCUUGAAAUCCCAACUAUCUCACUUAUCACGCCACCACAACUAGCUACUUACAUCAGCCCAUCCACUGGUCGCACUUCAACACUAGACAUCACUAUCGCCUCAACCGCUAUAGCAAACGACUCGGUAGUCACUCUAGGGCCCUUUCUAGGCAGUGACCAUAUACCUGUAGUCGUCGAAACCAAAAUUUCACUAAAACAACCCACCACUGGUCCAGCUAGAUGGAAAUUUGAAGAGUCUAAUUGGCAUAAAUGGAACGCAGAAAUCAACAAAACACUUGCCUCUGAAAAAUUUGCUAACUGUCAACUUCCCCUACUUAUCUACCAUCAAUUCAAGGAAGCUAUGAUCGGGGCUAGCCACACCUAUUUUAAAAUGACCCAACCAUCUCACCGAACCACAUCAGAACCCACCAAACCUUGGUGGAACGAGUCCUCUAUGAGUAGCGGGGCUACCCAUCCUUCGGCUACCAACAACCAUCUCCUGUCCAAAGCGGGCGAACCCAUCACCUGCCCUAAUGAAAAGGCAACAAUCUUUCUUGACACCUUCUUUGACAGAUCAGACACCCAACCCGCAAAAAACAAAUACUUGGAAGAACAAAUUUACAAAGCCAUUACCUGCAAUCAGCCUAACCCGCUCAAUUCUCCCAUCACCCUAAAUGAAAUCGAAGAAAGUCUCAGACAUCUAAAAAGCAAUGCCACAGGCCUAGACCUUACGCACAACAAAAUGAUCACAAACCUCAACAAAGAAAACCGGGAACAUAUGCGCCGCAUGUUCAAUACCCUACUAGACCACGGAGAAGUCCCACUCGAAUGGAAAGAGUCGGUCAUUAUACCCAUACCAAAACCUAACAAAUCGCCAAAAAGCCCUUCCUCAUACCGUCCUAUUUCCCUUACUUCCUGCCUUGGUAAGGUAAUGGAACGGGUUAUCAAAAAUAGACUUAGCUGUUACCUAGAGUCGAAUCACCUGCUCCCACCAACUCAAGCAGGCUUCCGCCCUGGCAGGAGUACACUCGCUUCCAUAAAUAUGUAG